AUGGUCGAACCAAGCAACUCAGUGCCUGCACAGCUGCUGCGUCAUGUUCAUCUGGUUUCGAGCAACCCUUACCCCAAAUUACCCCAGGUGCACCUCGACAUUGCUGUUGAGUACCUGAUCCAAGCUCCAAGGAUCGUUAGAGAGGUUGCUCCAAUGAGUUGGAUGUACUUAGAUUGCCCACCAGAUGGAGAGGUUAUGCUCGUCUGGCAGCCAAGUCAAUUGAGGACUCAAGCGGCGAGCGAUGGAUUUGUAUGGGCAGACGCGGAGUCGGCGUUCAGUUCUGAAAUGAGGGGAUACACAGUGGAGAUGUACAUUCACAGAAGCGGAUACCGCCCGAACCUCGAAUCGCUCGCAACCCACUGUCGGCGCCGAUUUCGAUUAACGCCGUCCCAAAACCCAGAUCCCAGCGUGCCACCACCCGACCAGUCAUUAUGGAUCUGGCAUUACUCUCAAACGGAACCCCAGCAUCGCUUCCCGGCGCACCAAAUCCGAGUGAGUGAACAGGUGCGCCAGUCGUUGGCUGAGCGCGCGAAUCUCCAAAAAUUCGGACAGCUGGUGCGCAAAGAAUUCAUGCUGCGUGAUAGCGCGAACUGGCCUACCGUCAAUCUUCCUGGCACUCACAAUUCCUUGUAUCCGCAGCAAGCCUCGGGUUAUCCAGGCGAUGUGAUCUCGCACAUAAGCCGAAGCCAACAACAACAACAACAACAACAACAACAACAACAACAGCAACAGCAACAGCAACAGCAACAGCAACAGCAACAGCAACAGCAACAGCAACAGCAACAGCAACAGCAACAGCAACAGCAACAGCAACAGCAACAGCAACAGCAACAGCAACAGCAACAGCAACAGCAACAACAACAACAACAGCAACAGCAACAGCAACAGCAACAGCAACAGCAACAGCAACAGCAACAGCAACAGCAACAGCAACAACAACAACAACAACAACAGCAGCAACAACAACAACAACAACAACAAGCCUACAUACAGCAGCAGCAGCAGCAAGCGAAUGCAACCCAACACGGGGUUGGACCUUCACCAGCAAAGCGUCCGCGCCACGGGGGACCCGGCCAUGUACACGGAUCAACUACAGCUAUUCCAACCCCCGUUGUAGCACAAGAUACCACAUAUGAUGAGGAAGAGGGGACUUCCGGGGGGGAUUAUAUGGAUUUUCUCACUCCCAGAGAUAUCAGCCUUCAUCGUUAUAGACAGCAUCAUGAAUGGCUUGAAGAGAUCUUGAACUCUCCAUACGAUACAUCGCAGAUUAUACCAGGCCAGCUUGGCCUCGGUAGGAAAGGCGAACUCGAGUCCCUCACUAGAGACUUCUUCGAUGCUCCUAUCGAGGCGACCCCAAGAGAAACCUUUCCCAAAUCAAAAGGAGAGUCUCCCGUGGAGAAUUCGGCCACUCCACGUGUUGGCAGGCUUGAGUCCGGGAAAGCAGAAGAUUUUACGAAGCGGGCUACUGAGAAGAUAGCUGAAAUCAAUGCAGAGAUGGAAAAGCUGAAGCGUCAACAUGCAAGACGGAUGGCAAAGCUCAACAAGGGCCGUGCCUUCAAAGAGGCUGAGCAGAAUCUCAGAGUCUCUACCCUCGAGAUGAUCAACUCUGAGGCCACCAAAGGCGAUGCCGUGCAGCAACACCGAGUAGACGAACUUGCCGGAGGAUUAGAAGCUCAGGUAGGAAAGAGUAUUAGGUUAGUCAAAGACGUCGAAUGCAUAGACAAAGGCGGUCUCGAAGAGAAGUCUCAGGCCGAGGACGCCAAAGACCAGGACUACGAUAUGAUUGAUGCGUUUGGAAGUCGUGACGGCGCAACAGCUUCAGCGACUCCGUAUCCAGAGUCGAGGAGCCCGGGUUUGGCUAUUCCCAUGGAGUCUGCAGACAGCACAUCUAAUGUUGUCCAUAAAAAUGCACCAAUAGCGGAGACUUUGAAUGAAGGAGACGUCAAGAUGGACGAAGUACAAAACACAUCUGAAUCUAAAGACACAACGGCGGAAGAUUGGGUCAUGGUGAACAAAGAGAACAACUCUACAGUCGGAGAAGACGUGCCCGAGAUUGAAAGCUUUCGAGACAAUUUAACCAUGCCGCCAAGCACAGGCGGACCAACCCCGAACGACAAUGCUACCGGCGAUAGUGUCUCGGGUUUUGAGCAAGGUGCAGGGGAGGACGCUGGAGAGAACUUUGAUGCCAAUGAUUUCGGCGAGGGUAUUGACUUUGGUGAUUUGGAUACUGCAGGAGAAGAGUUGUCCGGUUACAGUCCAGGAAUGGAGAACCCAGGGCUUGACGACCGAGGCGAUUUGACAAGUGAGGGCGCUUUUGGAGAUUCAUUCCAAGUUAUGGACGAAGGUGCCGGGCAAGAAGAUAAGACUCCUGGGGUUUGA